AUGUCAACCAUGAUCGACCCGACCAAGCAGGCUGAAUACCCUAUCGUCCUGGGUGAACGACUGGCCAAAAAUACAGACUCAGACCGCCUGAUCAAUGUCAACUACAAUUACAAGUCCAAAGCUGCAACACCCCAACAACGAUCAACGAUCACCCGUUCCUCCCGGUCGCGCGAUAUCUACGACCUGACCGUCACCGAUAAGCCUCCGAGCGCCGAUCACACCUUGACUUAUUCAUACCAAGGCAGCGAAGACCCGACGGGCGAGCGAGCCCUCGUCCUGGUCUUCGACCCCGAACGCAAAGUCUUCGUGCUGGAGCCGGUCUCCAGCAAAUUGAAUUUCAAUCUACGGUCGGCACCGGGCAAGACGGAGAAGCAAGUUCUGGAACAAUACGAGCAGCUACGAAUAUCACAGGAGGAGGAUCACAUAUCGGGCGAUGAUCGCAAUGGAGGAAAUACCAGCGAAGACGAAGGUCCGGCUGAUGACAGCAAUCCCUACGACUUUCGACACUUCCUCCCCAAGGAGGGUGCCGAGGAUGUCAAGCCCGCCUCGCGGAACUCUACGCCAGAGCCGAUCUACACCAGCAAAGCCAACACGCCCGUGCUACCACCUGCCAGACCCGCGGCGAAGCCUGCACCCCGACCAAAGACGCAAAAGCAAACGAACCCUCUCCGCGAAACCAAGCGUGUACAGAAGCCGCCUGUAAAGCCGAAGGUUCCCCGGGAUGUACCCGCCGAGCGACCCCGAGAGCCAGUCUCUCGUCCAGAACCGCCGGUUGACCAGGACGACUCUCGACUGUCGAUAUCAGAUGCAGGCACAGGCAAUGGCUCGCAACGGUCCAUCCAGUCCCCAGGUUCCAAUAUCAUCAUCGACGGGGAAUUGAUUAUUGACAUGGGCUCCCCUCCUCCUAAACGAGCCUUCAAAGUCAACCCCUCCUUCUUCUCCUCGAAUAACACGCCAGCCGACGAUAGGGACGGCGAGGAAUCGGAAGAGGAAAUGGAGUCUUUCCGGCUACCCUCCCCAGCCAGAGAUACCAAGCCCGCUCCCUCUGCUCCCGCCGAUACCGGAGAUGAUAUGGAGGACGAUGAUGCACUGGCUGCAGAAAUGGAAGCCGCCUUUGAAGCGAGUGCGCGUGAGGAAGAGGCCCGUAGCCACCAAUAUGGUCAGAGGAGUUACCAUGUGGCUAGUGAUGAUGAGAGUGAGGUCAGUGAGGAGGAAUAA